AAUACACUCGCUGUUAUAUGAGAUCGAAAAAUCACGCACAUAUGUCAGUAGAUCACUGAUUGCCGCCUGCUUCUCCAUAUGGCAGGAAUGAGUCUGAAUUGCCCGAAGGGAAUAGUGAGCUUCGUCAUUGCCGAGUAGCCUUUCGUCAAGCCGUAAGUAGUAGUUGGGGGGGUUGUUUCUUGAUAUCGGAAUCUGGCUGAACGUAGUUGCUUGCCGACCACCUUGGAGGUAAGGUGUUAUAUUUCUCUCGUGGUAAAAAUUCAAAUACAGAAAGGAAAGAGCACUUCUUUGACGGCCUCCACAGUCCGAUGGUGUUCCUAUUCGUUUUCUUCUUCAGCAUCGCACGCAGCUGGUUCUUGUCCUUGAUACCAGACUCGCAAUCACGCGGUUAACUGCGAUCAAAGAAGCUGCGUUAAUAGCCAUCAUAUCCAAGCCAUAUGGUCAACUGCUGAUACAAUCGGUGUAUUUUUCUCCAGCGGUGCCUUUCAGAGCAUGUCACUCCGGCUAGUAGAACUGGCGUUGAACCGCACCUGCUACAGCCUGAAGGAAGAAGCAAGACAAAUAUUCCCUGCUUGGUCGACUACAGUCACGACUUAUCGCUUGGUCAGUCAAGUUGUAUAAAGCAAACCCACCGGUGCGUCGCUUUGCGUUCUGUGAAUGUAGCCAGUUUUUCAUGUCGAGGAAGCUUGCUUGAAGGGAAAGGAUUCGAAAAAGAAUUGAACUCAUCAAGCUGAGGCAAACUGGACAGUGCUUUUAGACCUUGGCAAAGGACGAGAAUCUCCUGGAGAGCCCACUCUGUUUUCUGGUUUGUUGCCAGCUUGUGCACUUGUUCGUAGUCAUCAUUCUCUGAAAUUUCAAAAUCGAAUUUGAACCGAUUCAAACGAUAUUGAAAAGAACCUUGCAGUGAAUCAAUCCAGUAUCGCUUUCUGAGGCUUACUUCGGUAACUAUCGUGAUUUACCUCUAGCUUUCAUAGAAAAUGGCGAAUCUGGAAACUGACAGCCCUGUCGUAUGGCCGAAAUGGUGUUACAAUAGUCGACCGAAGAAAGAAAAUGGCAUUCCUGACACGGGCGUCAAAGCUCCGUUGCCAAACAAAGCUCGCCGGAAAAAAAUGGCACGCAAGAAUGGUUCGUCUGUCGGUGUAAAACACGAACGUUGCAGUCCCGGCGCAGAGACUGGAACAGGUUCUUCACCAUAUAGUCCCAUUUCUGGUUCCUUUCGACCUGCUACACCACCAGCUGGAGAAACGGCAAGUGACUCGUGUUACUCCACAGUGGAACGGUUCAGCCCGCCCAACUUCAACGCACCCAACAACAAAUCCAUGUCGAAAGGGCUGGAAAUGUCGCGGAACUGCAGCGAUUUCAUGCGCAGUUUGGCAGCCAAAUACAAUCAUUCAAAUCCCAAUGACUACCGAUCGCAGGAAAGCAACAGUUUCAUGUCACUAUUAGACUCGCGUGCAUCCUAUAAGGACUUGAUUCCAGGCGAAGCAUCCUUACAGUCGGCCCCUUUCUCCCUCUUUAACCUUCCGCUGAGUACGUUCACUUCUCAUGCGCUUGCUGCUAGUAAACACUACGAAAUGGCAUCUGCAGCGGGAGAAACUGGCAAGAAAGAAAGGAAAGCAUUUGCCGCCAUGCCAAUGCUGCCAUUGUAUGGAUUGGGCCAAGACAACAAUAUCCGCCAAGCACUGGCACCUGGCUUCCAUUCCGGCCCUGCCAUGGACAUGAGUUCAACUCAAGCGCUGCUGAGCAUCGUCCGUUCGGCUGCUGCCCGUGGUUCGCCACGUACAGAUCCAUACGUUAGCGACACGGCAACCCGAACUGGCAUUGCCUCACUGAAACGCCCAGCCGAAACGGUUGCAGUGGCGUCUCACAUCCCAUUGGAUCUAAGCGCUUCUAUGGCCAAGCGUCCAAACAUAGAUUCACAACUGGAAUCACUGAGCCGUAGUCGAUUGUCCCAACAUGCUUCAUCUAGGUCGCCUGCUAUGGACUCGAAUAACGUUCCCGGGAGACAAUUCUCUCCUAUUGGCAGGAAGUCACCAUCCUCACGCUUCGCAUCGGACACCAGUAAUGCUUACGGAGACAAAAAAGUAACAAUUCAGAACAAAAUAGCAGUUGGACAACUUCCCCCGAACCGUGGCCUGGGUUGUUCCGCCCAUUCUUGUAAUAUGACCGCAGCUGAAGUCCGUGAGUGGUCAAUCAGUCAUGUGGUGGAUUUUAUCAAAAGCAUUGAUCUCUGCUGCGAAUAUGCACAGGCAUUUGAAGACCAAUCAAUCGACGGUAGUAUUCUUCCCCUGUUAACCGAAGAACAUCUAAUUACAAGCAUGAACAUGAAACUCGGCCCAGCAUUGAAGCUCAGAUCUGUGCUGGCAAAAAAGAUAGGCCACUGCGCUGUAUGCCUUCAUUGCGUUCACUGUCACACGGAACCGACUGGAGCUGAAUCGCCACCGUCUUCGCAAGACCACCAAGAUAAUGCGAAUAAUACAUGAUUGCUUUAAAUUAGCUACAGGUCUGUAAAUACGUUGCAAUUAGCGGCAACCUCGUCGCUUCCAAAGAUAAAAAUAAUUCAAAGCUGCUAUACACUAUACUGCUAGAACGCUACUCGCUGUCCAUAAUUUUAGACUAGACAACAGUGAGGGAGGGGACAUUGAAACAGUUAACCGUUUGAUAAUUGUUUUGUUAACUAUAUUUCUGCUGGGGAAAAAAAGGAACGAAUUUGGCAUUUGAAAAAUAUGUAAUUUGGGAGUUUAUAAUCUCGGCUACAAAAUCUUCCUUUGCUUAUGGGAUUGUGUAAAGUUGAAUAUGAUGUCAGACGUGCAAAAAAGAAGCAUCUCAAAAAGUUCAAUUGUCACAUAAGGGUUGGACAGUAAAAAAAAAAGACUGCUCAAACCUACCAAGCAAAAGUGACCAUUUUGAAUAAAGACCUACUUAUUAUUUAUCCUCUUAUUGUAAAAUGUGACAAUUUGUUUCUGUUAUUGUAUUUCAGGAAUCUAAUUAUUAUUAUAUAAAUAUCUUCUAAGUACUCGCAACAAUUUGAUUUAUGUUGUAUUUGAAGCAAAUCACUGUCCCUUUUAUUGCCUCAUGCUUGGAUGUUAUGAAUAUCGGAAUGUGAUGUUUUUUUUAAGUAAAUCACGUUCCAAAUAAAAAUAUUCCAAUUGUGUUACUUUAAAAAGGAA